AUGACGUGGCACAUUGCGGUGUUGAAAAAACUUCACAGGAAUUUUGGUAAUCCCCAAAUACUUGUGACAGAUAGGGGUACUGCGUUUACUUCACAUGAAUUUACCGAUUUUCUCAAAAUACGCAAUAUUAAACACCGACAAGUUGCAGUUACCGCACCAUGGGCUAAUGGUGUUGUUGAAAGAGUCAACAGAUUUCUUAAGUCUUCUCUUAAGCGUCUCGUUGAAGAACUACGAGAAUGGAAUAAGGCUCUUGAAUUAAUUCACUUAGCGCUCAUGUUCUUCAUGGCUGCGUACGCCGCGGCUACUAUGUUCACGAUUGGUGUGACGUUAACACGCUUGCGCGAUAUGAUUACGAGUUCGGUGUCAUCCCUUGAUUGGUUCAGCUCCGAUUGUGGGGGCACGGGGAUGCUCAAGAGUCUCAAGCAUCCCUUCCACCAUGGUCUCAAGCAAGAGUUCAAGACUCGUGUUCGAUCAUUGUACGUCUGUCCGACCUGA